AUGAACCGUACCCAACUGCCCGUCCUCGACCAACUCGUGCACAACGGCCUCAUCGACGACCUGGUCACGUUUGACUACUUUAAAUACCCGCGUUUCUGGGACGUCGCCAUCAAUGCGGGCGAGUAUGCCUGGAAGACCGGCAUUGUGGCCGAAGCUGCCGAGAAAUACAACGACGGCGUACUCGUGUGGCUCGAUGCUGGCAACAUGGUCACUGCCGAAUUCCUAAAAAACGCACCGCACUUGGUCCAGCGCCACCAUGGCUUCUGGUCGCCUCGCAGCUCGUACCGUAUGGCACGAUGGACCCAUCCGGGCAUGCUCGAUUACUUUGGCGAAUCGAUGGACGAGUAUGGCAAAUACGCCAACUGCAAUGGUGCAGCCGUGGGCUUUGAUGUUGCCAACGCCACCCUCAAGGCGAACAUGGUGGAUCAAUGGCUCGAAUGUGGCCUGCGCAAGCGAUGCAUUGCACCCGCUGGCUCAUCGCGUCUGAACCAUCGUCAAGACCAAGCGGUGCUCACCUAUCUUGCGUACAAGAAUGGAUUCAAGUGCACCCGCAAUCCGUCAAAGUACUAUGGUCUCCAGAUCCAUCGCGACGUUUCCUGCGCAGCGAACCUUUUGGCAUUGGAGGUGCAGAACAAGUUGAAUCAUCCCUCGGCUGUGGAUUAUCCCAAAUGGCAACGCAGCGAUACGCUUCAAUUGUACAAUCAUCCUGAAUGGCGUUAUCCCGAGGACAAAGUGCCUGAGCACCUUGCUCAGUUAUUUCAGUCUCGAUAG